AGCCGCUAGAUGCGCCUUUCCGGAAUUCGCAUGCAAUGCAGAUGCGCACGGUGCCCUUUUUCUUCGCUGCGGAGGGCGGAAAAGGCGCUGCCUGGCAACGCAAUGCCUACCUGCUGGAUGAGAUGACCUGGAAGCGCCAGGAGCUGAACGAAGUGCUCUAUGGAGUUGCCAUGAAUGCCUAUGCUAAGAGCUUUCAUUGGAAAGAUGCUUCCAUUUUGCUUGAUGAGCUGUCAGACGCUGACCUGGAGUGCAACGUAGUGAUUGGUGGAACCGCUCUCUCAUCCUGUGAGAAGGGAUCUCAAUGGAAGCAAGCCAUAGCAACCAUCGAGGCGCAACGGGAAAGGGAGUUGGAAAUCAGCUUGGUGGCGUUCAACACCCUUCUCAGUUCCGUCUCGGCCAUGCGCUCGAUGGAUGAUCCAAGAGCUUGGGCACUUGGAAUCCUCCUGUCGGAGGAGCACUGGAAACAGGGACUUCAAGCCGACAUCAUCAGUUUCAACUCCAUGCUGAAGAGCAGGCCUCAUUGGCCAAGGGCCCUGGAGCUCUGCAACAUUUUGCAGCUCGAGGGCCUGCAAGCAACCACAACAACCUACAACACCUUCAUCAGCUCUUGUGAUGAAGAUGGGACCUGGCAGAAUGCCUUGCAUGGAGUGAGGGGCACAGGGGUGGAGUGCGACAUCAUCAGCUGCAACUCAUUGUUGAAGAGCUGUCGCUUGACGGGUUGCUCCUGGACAUUGACAUUGUCCUGGUUGGAUCUCCCCGGACUUGCCACUGACCACUUCACCCGCACCGGUGCCAUUGCUGUGGGCGGUGAUGGCACAUGGCGCCGUGCCAUGAGGCUGAUGGGCGGCACCACUGUGGCCUACAAUGCCGCCAUUGCAGAGCCUUGGUGGUGCGCCUUGACGGUCCUGGAGCUCACAAGGGUCAAUCGCUUGAGUCCGGAUGCCAUCACCUACAGCGCCACCAUGAGUGUCCUUGGUCAGGUUCAUUGGUUGGAAGUGGUGCAUCUUCUAAAGGAGAUGCAGACGGUGUCGCUCGAAGCCGACGUGAUCUCCUUCAAUGCAAGCAUUAGCGCCUGUGGUCGCAACAGCCAAUGGCGACGGGCCAUGCACCUGGUGCACGCUGCGCGACACGGCGGUGGGGAUAGCACAGUGGUGACCUGCAAUGCGGCCAUGAGCGCAUGUGAGGUCAGCGGCUUUUGGCAGAAUGCCUUGCAGCUUUUCCAAGACCUACAGGAAGAUGACCAGCCUGACAUCAUCAGCUACUGUGCCUUGAUCAGCAGCUGUGAGAAAGGACACCAGUGGCAAGCCGCUUGCCACUUCCUGCAGCAGCUUGAAGCACCCAGCGAAGUUGCCUUCAGUGCAGCCAUCAGUGCCACAGAGAAGGCCUUGGAGUGGCCCAUGGCGCUGCAUUUGUUGAAUCAGAUGAGGCAUAGCAGGCAGGGUAGCCUUGUGGCCACCAACGCGGCCAUCAGCGCAUGCGAGAAGUGUGGCCGCUGGGAACACGCCCUGGCGCUGCUGAAAGAUUUGGAGGACCAGCAGCUGCUGGCAGAUGUCAUCAGCUACUCAACAGCUGUGAGCGCGAUGGCCAAGGGUACCCAGUGGGUCUUUGCUUUAGGACUCCUGCAGAAGUUGCGGCUCUCGGAGGUCCGCCCCAAUGUGAUCUCCUACAACGCGGCUCUUUGUGCUUCGGCGGCCGCGUUGCAACAGCAAAUUGCUUGGGAGCUAUUCUCGGCCCUGCACACUGAUGUGGUGGAGCCUGAUGUGGUUACCUACUGCGCUGUGGCCAGCCAGUCCAGCUUUCACAAGAGCUUGACGAUCAUGGAACUGGUGGCGCAUGUGAGCUUGCGGGAAUUGAACGGUCUCCGGAAUCAGAUCCAGGGGCUCCAGCAACUGGCUCGAGGGCUGGAAGAGCACAACGAGGAGGGUGACACAGAAGUUUGGCAGCUUUCGCACGAGGAUGCGGCACUGCUGGGCGAAGAAUCACCGCUCACUCCUGAGGCGCUCAUUUUGCAACGCAGCGUGCGGAGCCACGAGCAUGGGAUCCACGGCCCCUCACAGCUGCGCUUAAACUCGCACAUGAUGGAGCUCUCAAUGAAGGCCUCUGAAGCCGUGGACGCGCUGGGACACAGCAACUGGAAACCUUCCGUGUUGAACGGCCUCGCGAGGCACUCUGUUUACUCAAUGGCCAAUGCGAGCCAAAGUGCCAGCGGGAUCGUACUACCUGGCUGCGGGCGGGUGAAAGCGGUCCCGCCAGAUUCAAAGUUCCGCAUUGCUUGGGAUCUCUUCGGCAUGAUGUUGAUGGUGUGCGAUGCGUUCGUGCUGCCAGUUUGCAUGGCGUGGGACUUGAACAUCACGCCCUUUCCACAGACUUACUGGGAGCGAGGCAUGUUGCAGGUCUUUGCCAUCGUGUCGUUGGCUUUUUGGCCGCUGGAUAUUGCUCUCAACUUCUUCACCGGCUUCCACGUGAAAGGUCAUUAUAACUAUGCCCUGUGGGCGAUUGCCAAGCGCUACAUGAUGACAUGGUUUGCCUUCGACUUGUCGGUCGUCACGAUCGAUUAUGGUGCAGCUUUUACGAUCACCGGCACUGAAGACGAUGCCGCUGGCUUUCUGCAGCCACUGCGCUCUGCACGGUACCUACGAGUCCUGCGGAUGGUCCGGAUAUUGCGGAUUUUGAAGGCUGGAAAGGUCAACGUGAUGCUCGAGAACCUGGUGAUCGCCAUGGGCCGACAAUGGCUGAUCCUAGCCUUCAUGGUGGGGAAGAUGCUCAUGGCGAUUGGGCUGGUCACGCACAUUUUGACCUGCUUGUGGUUUUGGCUGGGGAAGUUGGUCCACGAGGAAGGCAUUCGAAAGAGUUGGCUGGAUUUGGCGAACGUCACCGAGCUGGAUUUGGGCCUCCAAUACGCACAUUCCGCCAGCUGGAUCUUGUUGCCACCUUCGCCUCCGACGCUGGAACCCGACAGCCGUGUGGAGCGCCUGGCGAGUCUCAUGUGCUUCGUCACUACAGUCCUGGUGAUCGGUUCCGCCUUGUCCAUUCUCACGGGCACCUUGAACGAGAUUCGCCAGGUGAAUAACGAGCGUAGCAAGAAGCGGCGGGAGCUGCGGAUCUUCCUGCAGACCCGGAGGGUUCCCACUGAACUGUUGAUGCGCGUCAUGAGUUAUGCAGACUACAAGAUCGCUCGUCACAGUCCUGUCAGCUAUGACAGCAGCCUUAUAUCUCCCAUGUUGGAGGCCGAACUGGCUAUUGUGAACUUCGGCAACAUCCUGACCGAGCACCCGGUCUUCAAUAUGGUCCGCACACUAUUCCCAAACAUCUUCGCUGAUUUGUGCAACUCGUUGGAGAAGAGAUACUUUUGCGAGAUGGAGUAUGUGUUUCACGCAGGCACGCUUGUGGAAAUGAUGUACAUCACCAGUCAUGGCACUUUUUCCUUGAUGAAGGACAAGAAGGCAUCCAAAGUAAAUACCUUCACGGAUGAGCGGCACUACUUCGGGGAGGUGGCCCUGUACGUGGAAGCCGCUUUGCAUCCUUUCGCCCUUCAGACGGCUUCCUUUGCGGAGGUCUUUGUGCUUUCGGUAAGUAGAUUGACCAAUGUGCUGGUGAACUCACCCCUAUGCGCCACGAUGUUCGUGGAAUAUGCCACCGAUUUCAUUGGGCGUUACAAAGUGCCAAUGCAGCCAACUUGGGAGGAGGUAGAUGACCUUGUGAGGUUGCAGGAGGAAUGUGCUCGGGAGUCCUGUGCAAACAACUCCUUUGCCUUGCCCAUCAACCUGGACAGCCGGAAGUACUUGGCACACCUGGACUUGCGCUACAUCCAGGCCGAUCCGACUUGCUCUACCCAGGCCGCUCUGGAGACUCUGGAGGACUCGGAGAUGGAUCCGGCCAGGACGGUCCUGAAGGAGUUCAUCGCGGAGGUCGUCCACAGCGAGGAGGCCUCGGCGGCGGAGACUCUGUUGAAGCUCCGCGAAGCCUACGUGGAGUUGGACGUGAGGGACCGAAAGCGAGUUCGAUGGAUCGAGAGGGAGCGAGAAGGAGGUCAGGUUCCUAGGCAGACCAAGGUCCAGGAUGGGCUACAUGCACGAUUCUCGGAGCCCAUGGAGCAAGAGCGGGCCGAAUCGGGAAUUCUGAGCCUCAUCGCAUUGGUGAGACGGGACUACGAAAUGUUUGUGACCCCCCAAAAGGCGGACAUGGCCCUGUCGCGGGCCCAAUGGGAUGCAUUGCAGGACAUCCUCGAGUGGGCGCAACCUAACCCUGACAAGCUCGCGGGUGCCAUGUUUUUGGUAGCCAUCAAAGGCUUAGGUAAGUUCAGGAGCCUCACGGGGCAAAUGCCCCGCGAAGACCAAAGGCCCGAGAAAGCUUUGCUCUACUUGUUGCGGUUUCAUCCGCAUGCGGUGCCGAGCUUGAAUGAGAUGAGCGAGGAGGCGCAGGAGUUUGUGAUCGGAAUCUUGGAGCUUCAACAGUCCUUCAACUUUGCUCAAAUGCUCCAGGCCGAGAAUGUGCCCGCCAACCUAGCGAAGCUUCAAGCACAAAUUCGAGAGCGACAAGGCAUUGAUCUCUUGAAGUUUUACGUGCUCUUUCUCUUGGCCUUCAUGAGUGGUUUAGCUGGCGGACGGGGAUCACGCCUCUCACCUGAAGCCUGA